GCCUUGCAGCCAUCGUGACGUCACGAGGGCGUUCCCUCCCUGUGAGCCAGGUGCGUCUCACCUGAGCUCGGCAGUUCUUCCGCUAGCGACGGGAGCUGCAGCAUCCUCAUCCUCCUUCUGAAGAUGACGGCGCUGAGGUACAUCGGCAGCUGCCUGCCGUUAUUCGUCAUGGCGAUCGUCUUCGACAUCCUCGGUGUGGUCCUGCUGUUCGUCGGGAUAUUCGGUAACGUGCGGAUGCACGGCGUGUUUUACGGGGAUUUCCUCAUCCACACCGGCGCGCUGGUCUUGUUCGCCAGCCUGGCCUUGUGGCUCAUGUGGUACGUGGGGAACAUCAGGGUGAAGGACGAAGGUUUGGCGCGCAGAUCGAGUGCCGCGCACAGCGUCAAAAAGCUCGCGAGGAAACUCACGGAGAGACUGUCCAAAACACACCUGAAGGACAACACCGGUGAGAAAACAGGAAGCAAAGCUUCCACCAUUCGAAACGUAACAUGGGGAAAAUCCACCUAUUUCCCAGGACACAAAGAUCCUGAAUCGGAUUUGAUCAAAUGUGAUGAACUAUCCAAAGAAAAGUCUGCUGAUGAUCAGUUCAUGUGCUACCAGAAUCAAGGCUACGAGGACGAGGAGUCAUGCAAACCGAUUCAGGAGACAGAUGACCAGACCCGGUCAGAAGACGGUUCUGAAUCAGAUGUGAGCAAGUGCAACGAAGAGUCUCAGGAGAAGAAGGAAGGGCAUGAAGAAUCAGAAUCAGACGUGACCAAAGAUGCUGAUAAAGCUCAGGAGGAGAAGCCAGUUGAUCAGCCAGAGAGCAUUGAUGUUCUGCUGUGAGAAGAGGUCCUAAAACAAUGACUGAAUAGCCAAGAACCUUCAGUAGUCGUCAGACGUUUGCCAUCAGCAGUACAUUUAGAGAUACUGCGUACAAUUCAAAUAGUACUAUAGUAAAACUGCUUGAAUAUAGUGAAACACAACCGUCUGUUGUGUUUAUAUGGGGGUUGAAGUUUCUCAGUGGCCUGAUAUCUGUAAAGCAGGGUGGCUGAUUUAACACUGUAAUACAUUUUAUGCACACCAAACUGGUGAAAUGAAGUGAACUACUUGCACAGAAAUCAUUAGAAGAAUGUAUAAUGCUUCGACAAAACUGUUGUUUCACCAGCUGAAUGCUGAUCAUCUCAAAAUGGCCAAAAUAUUGUCUGAUGUAUAGACAUUCAAUGUGUGUCACUGUGUCCACUUGUGUUGUGUUCUUGUUAUCAUUGAUAUUCCGUGUUGUUGUAAAGAGCUACUCAGGUACAGCCCUUGUUUUUUGCACAUCCUCAUUUGUAAAUUCACGCACCACCUCAUGCAUUGUAGGAAUCCAUUUCCCUUUCAAAGUGAAAGCUGAGUGUUCAUGCAAACUCCUUCAGAGUCAAGCCAUUUCAUUUGUUACACUCAAUGUUGUCACCAGCGACCAAACCAGUCCGACAGCAAAUGGACUGAUAGUUUAUUCAUGCGAUCUGUUAGUUCAUCUUGGUACACAAGUGAAAGCUGUAUAUAU